GACGAAGAAGAAGACGAAGAAGAAGAAGAAGCGGGGAGGCAACAGCGUCAUCACCGCCGAAGAAACGUGAAAUGAAUGGUUGUCAUGUGUCAUGCAGUCUGGCUGGUGGUCAGCUGACACAUGUUUACUUUCUUUGUGUUAAACCUGCCUUUUCUUCUGAAUGAAUGCAGCGGUAUGCUUCGUCAAGGAGAACCAUGGUAGUCGUCAACUCGGUGCUCAAGCUGUUACAGAGGCAGACGUACACCUGUCUGUCUCAUCGAUACGGGCUCUACCUCUGCUUUGGGGGGAUAGUCCUCAUGAUAGUUUCCGCCUUUCAGUUUGGAGAGGUCGUGGUGGAGUGGAGUCGGGACCAGUAUCACGUGCUGUUUGACUCCUACAGAGACAAUGUGGGGGGGAAAUCGUUCCAAAGCAGGCUCUGUCUGCCCAUGCCUAUUGAUGUGGUGUACACAUGGGUGAACGGCACAGACGUGGCUCUGCUGAAGGAACUGAAGACGGUCAAAGAGCAACUGGAGGAGGAACAAAGGGCUCUGAGGGAACGCCUGGGGAAAAAUGCAAGCGAGGCAACUGAAGAGCCAAAAGAGAGCGUUAAGCCAGAAUGCCUGUUGUCCCACUGCAUCAUAGCGCCCAUGCUGGCGCUGGACCCCGCUCUUCCAGCCAACAUCACACUCAAAGAGCUGCCGUCGCUCUCUCCCUCCUUCUCCGCUGCCAAAGAGCUGCUGCUGAUGAACAAACCCUUCCACCCGUCCACCUCCGUCUCUGUGGCUGUCUUCCAUUCGCAGGCUGAUGCUGAUAAAGCCUACACAGAUGUGUCUAGAGAAGCUCAGAAAUUCUCUGCGUCCAGAUGUUACCUGACGACAGAUAAAGAGGCUCCGGGUCUGAUCCGCAUGCAGUCUCUGGCCUACCUGAGCGGCUUCCCAGCAACCUUUAAGGAAACGGAGCAGCUGAGAGUCAAACUGCCCUCCGUCAUAACCAAUAAAAUCAAUCAGUUUGAGUUGUACUCUGAGGCCAGCAUCGCCCUGCUCCACCUGAAAAGCCCGCAGGAUUUCAGCGAUCUGACCCAACAGGCUAAAAAGAAUUUGACCCUGGAUGGGAAAGAGCUGACCAUCAGCCCUGGCUACUUGUUCUGGGACCUCACUGCCAUCUCACAGUCCAAACAGGAUGAAGAUGUUUCAGCCAGCCGAUUCGAGGACAACGAGGAGCUCCGCUAUUCGUUGCGCUCUGUGGAGAGACACGCCCCCUGGGUGCGACACAUCUUUAUCGUCACUAACGGGCAGAUUCCCUCCUGGCUCAACCUGGAUAACCCCAGAGUUACAGUUGUCCCACAUCAGGAUAUCUUCCUGAACAACAGCCACCUUCCCACUUUCAGCUCCCCUGCCAUAGAGACCCACAUGCACCGCAUCCCAGGGCUCUCCCAAAAGUUCAUUUACCUCAAUGACGACGUGAUGUUUGGCAAAGACGUCUGGCCGGACGACUUCUACAGCCACUCGAAAGGACAGAAGGUGUAUCUCACCUGGCCUGUCCCCAACUGUGCUGAAGGUUGCCCAGGAUCUUGGAUCAAAGAUGGGUACUGUGACAAGGCCUGCAACAACUCUGCCUGUGACUGGGAUGGAGGAGACUGCCUCGGCGCCGCAGGGAGCGGUCGGUUUGCGGCUGGGCUGGGUGGUGGCGGAGCCGGUGGAGCCGGUGGACAGGUGUGGCAGUUUGCAGGUGGUCUAGGAGGUCUUGGGGGGACGUCGUACUGUAAUCAAGGCUGUGCCAACUCCUGGCUGGCAGACAAGUUCUGUGACCAGGCCUGCAAUGUUCUCUCCUGUGGUUUUGAUGUGGGAGACUGUGGGCAAGAGCACUUUGGCGAGCUGCACCAUGUGACCCUGCUGAGGAAUCGGAGCAUGUACACCCUCCCGGUCGGUGAAACCAGGCCAUAUUUCAGCUUCGACAGACUGGCCCGCAGAGUCUCUGAGGCCCACGUCAGCGACAACCCGGUGCUACGCCACACCUCCGUCGCCAACAAGUGGAAGACCAUUCACCUGCUGCUCCAUCCGGGCAACAACGCCAGCCAGAUCCAGUACAAUCUCACUUUCCAGAGAGAAGACGACACAGAGUUCAUAAUGAGCUUCAGUGUAGCUGUGGACACCCGCGAGGUGCCUCAGGCUAACGUUACCCAGGCUGUGAGCCAAGACGCCGACAAAGAGCCAAAGCCGACCCCAACGCCAGAGCCACCGGUCCCGUUCUCAGAUAUUCCUGAGAACAAGCGGGGUCCUAAGAUCCUGAAGAGACUGCCUGGUGAACCUCAGGUUGUCAUAGAAGUGCCUUCGCUAAAUGUGUCCCUUCUACCAGCUGUUGUGCAAAGUGAGCUACAGAAGCUGGAGGAGAAGCUUCUGAUCGGAGACAUUACUCUGAAGGGUUAUAACCUCACAAAGGCUGAACUUCUAAAAGCUUUCAAGACACCGGCUCAUAAGAAGCAGGACAUUGAUUCACAUCCAGCGAAUGAGGGUGCAGCCAAGGUCCAGGGGAAACCCUAUAAAGACUUGGAGGGAGAGCAGUUGGAAGGAAAACCACCCGUGGAAGAGAAAGCUGGAAACAUCGUUCAGAAGAAUCUAAACUCGAAAGAAGAAAUGUCCAGGAAAGAUGCGGUUACUCCUCUUAUCUCAGUCUAUAUUGAUGAUAAGCAUGACUUAAAUCCCAAACAGUACAAUCUGAAUGCUGCGAUCGAGAGGCCCCUCACAUCCAAACUGCUAAGCAGCAUUUCCAAAACUAAGAGCGCGGAGAGUCAGGCGGAGCCAGUCGGCGCCGCAGGAGCAGCUCCAGUCGGUCGGAGACUCCAACACUUCAUCUCCUCAGACAGAGGCUUCCUGCCGUGGGAGAGGAGGAAGUACUUCCAGGAACUGCUCGAGGAAGAGGAGCGUCUGCGGAGAGAACUAUCGUACAAGGCCGACGGUGCUGCCACUGGCCGAAGGCUGCAGGACACUUUUGCUGACUCGCUGCGCUACGUCAACAAGCUGCUCAACGGCCAGUUUGGAUUCACGUCCCGCAAGGUCCCCGCACACAUGCCUCACAUGAUCGACCGUCUCAUCAUGCAGGAGCUGCAGGACACAUUCCCAGAGGAGUUUGACAAGACCUCAGCCCAUUCUGUUCGUCACUCGGAGGACAUGCAGUUCGCCUUUUCGUACUUCUACUUCCUUAUGAGUGCUCAGCAGCAGCUCAACGUGUCUGAGGUGUUCGACGAGAUCGACACCGACCACUCGGGCGUCCUGUCCGACCGAGAGAUUCGAACUCUCGCCACAAGGAUCCACGAGCUGCCUCUCAGCCUCCAGGACCUGACAGGCCUGGAGCAGAUGUUGAUCAACUGCUCUAAGACUCUGCCGACUAACCUAACCCUGCUCCAUCUGGUGAACCCAACUCAGGAGGCCUACUAUGACCCCAGCAUGCCUCCCGUCACAAAAGGCCUCGUCCUCCACUGCAAGCCCAUCACAGAGCGCAUCCACAAAGCCUUCAGAGACCAAAAUAAGUACAGGUUUGAGAUCAUGGGGGAGGAGGAGAUAGCUUUCAAGAUGGUGCGGACAAAUGUGUCCCAUGUGGUCGGCCAGUUGGAUGACAUUAGGAAGAAUCCCAGGAAGUUUAUCUGUCUGAAUGAUAACAUCGACCACAGCCACAAGGACGCCGCUACAGUGAAAGCUGUGCUGAGAGACUUCUAUGAGUCCAUGUUCCCGCUGCCGUCCCAGUUUGAACUGCCCAGGGAGUAUCGCAACAGAUUCCUGCAUAUGGAGGAGCUCCAGGACUGGCGAGUGUAUCGGGACAAGCUGAAGUUCUGGACGCACUGCGUCCUCGUGACGCUCGUCAUCUUCACAGUCAUGUCCUUCUUUGCCGAACAGCUGAUUCUGCUGAAGCGGAAGCUGUUCCCCAGACGCAGAGUGAACAGGGUCAGCAACCCUGAGCGGGUGUGAAAGAAAGGAAGACUUCCCUCUCCUCUUCCUUUUAGCACUUCGACAACCUCCACCCUUUCUCUCCUGCUCAGUCGAGAGGAUUCAGACCGGGGGACUGGGUGGAGACAGGAUUCUGAAGUCCUCCGUGCUUGUGUUGCAUCAGCACGGACUGAGGUUAGAAACGUGUGUGAGAUGGUGAUGAGACAUUUUUCAGGAGAUGAUAGAUGGGGCUGUCCGGAGAAGGGAAUGGAAGCCAGAAAGAAGAAGCUUGUAAUUCUUCUUUUCGUACUCUGGGGGGGGGGGGGGCGGCAUCUAAGACUUUUGUACAACACACACAAACAUACACAGAACACUCCCUCCACACUGCACCACCCUACUCAUGUCCUGCCCUCACGUGUGUGUGUGUGUGUGUGUGUGUGUGUGUGUGUGUGUGUGUGUGUGUGUAAAAUCAAACUAUUAGCAGAAUAAUGGAUUUGCAACUUUUUGAUAUUCGAUUUAAUUGUUUGAGUCACUUUUCAAGGAAAGAGUUUUUUUUUCUCUAUUUUAUCGUACGUUGAUUUAUCUUUGGGUUUUGGACCACUGGUCAAACUGAAAAGACAUCUGAGGGGUCACCUCGGGUGCUGAAAGAAUUGUGAUCGCCAUUUUUCACAAUUUUAUAGACAAAACAAUUAGACGUAAAGAUGUCAGUGCUUGCAGCCCGUGUUGCACUUGGCUUUUAUCGCUAUGGCUUCAUUUGCAAGAAAUGAAGGGAAAAGUAAAUAUAGUAUGAAUAAAAUAAGUCAUUCAAGUGUUGGCUGUUAUAUUUCUGUCUGUCAUACAUGAAAACUUGAAGUGCCUUCGUUGUUAAUUCCUUUUUGUUUGAACAUUUUUUGUUUUUCUCCUGUUUUUUUUUUAACAUGUCUUAUAAAUGUCGGCCACAUCGCACCCUAAUCUAAUGAUUUACAAUGAGAAUGAGUGGGAUAUAGGAUAAUAUGAUUCUUAAUGUGGUACAAAUGUAAAUGAUUGUUGGAGCUACAUGUAAGUGAUACUACAGCUUUCAUGGCCACCUGUAUGUGUGUCCCUGUGGGACUCAACAGGCGCUACUGUCUGAAAUUCAGACCCCCCUCAGCAUGUUCUGUAACUUAUUUUGAUUGUAUUGUGACAGUGAUCCCGGUGACUGAUGCAUCUGAUGCUAAAUGCAGCAGAAUGUAAACAAAGCCUCAGAGUAUGCUUGCGCCAUAAGUCACAUGAUGUACGGUACGAUGACAGCAGGCGAGGUAGGCGACGAUAACACAUCUGCAAAGUGGGAUUCCCUCUGAUUGCAUCAGUGGUUCCUCUGACUGAAAUAAAAAGCAGUUUGGUUCAGUCCUCUUGGUGUUUUUGUUGUGUGACUGUAGCUUAGUACUGUACUUGCAGUAAGUACAAUGUUUGAGGUACUUUACUUGCUAAAUUCUAGACUUUGUACAGCACGGAAGCAAAUAAGAGACAUUGGUAUGUGAUUUUAACAGCCACUUAAUAUGGAAAUUCACAAACUUGUUUCAUAGCAUUGAAAUAUUUUACUUUAUAAACAAUGUAUCUGAAUUUAUUUGUUCUGAAUUAAAAAUGAAAUUUUUUGA